CGUUCAGUAAUGAGUGACAGAAAUAUUGAAUUGCAAUUGUAAGCAUCUGUCCUAUAGACUUGACAAGUUGACAUUGACAUUGUCGGCACUGUCUCGAUGGGUUUCGCUAUAUUGUUUUGUUUAAACAACGAGGAAUGAUUGUGUAAUUAGUUAUGUAAACAUUAAGUGCUUUUACUGAUUAUUACGAUAUCACUGUAUUGUGUUCAGUACCACUAUUGCUUGUUGCUUUGGUGGGAAUUAAAAGACUUGUUAAUGUUUUUGUAGAUACAUAUUACAAGAGAAGUGAAAAUUAAUUUAUGGUAGUUAAAAUCAACACUUAGUAGCCGAUUUAAAAAGAUGGCAAGUUCAAAGAUUGAGUUUGCUGUGAACAUGACUUGUCAAUCAUGUGUUUCCAAGAUAAAAAACAGUUUAGUGUCAGUGGAUGGUGUUGAUAAUGUAGAUGUAGACCUGCAACAAAAGACCGUUGUUGUAGACACCAGUUUACCAUCCAGUGUAAUACAGUCCCACAUUGAGUCAACUGGCUUGAGAGCUAUCCUUAGAGGAUAUGGUUUUCAAUCUGGUGGGGAGCAGCAUGCUGCAGUGGCAAUGCUUGGAGGAGACACAGGAUACAGCUACGGGAAAGUGAAGGGUGUGGUGAGACUGGUUCAACUAGACAAUGAUCACUGCGUUAUCGAUGGAACCAUAGAUGGUCUAAGCCCAGGCAGACAUGGCCUGCAUAUACAUGAGUGUGGAGAUAUCUCUCAAGGCUGUGGCAGUGUGGGUGAACACUUCAGUUUGCAAAAUACACGACAUGGAGGACCUGAUGAUGACCCACAGAACAGGCAUACCGGAGACCUGGGCAAUAUAGAGGCUGAUGAGAGUGGAAGAGCUACGUUCAGACUGGUGGACAAGGUGCUGAAAGUGUGGGACGUGAUUGGUCGGUCUGUGGUGGUGACUGAGGGUGCUGACGACCUGGGCAAGGGCAACUCACCGAAUUCACUUAAGGAUGGCAAUUCUGGUGAAAGGUUGUCUUGUGGAAUCAUCUCUCGGUCUGCAGGACUAUUUGAGAACCAAAAACAAAUCUGUGCAUGUGAUGGAGUCACCAUCUGGGAUGAGCGAGAUCGACCCGUUGUAGGUGCUGGACGUCGGGUUACUCAGAGUUCCCUGUGUGCGUACAUAUGACACCUGGUUGAUUUCAUGUUGUUCCUCAUCUUCAUUCUCAUCCUCUUUUUACUUUAUAUUUUUACUAUUAUGUUCAUUUUGAGUCUCAUUUAUUUUUAUUCUGAAUUUACAAAGCCAAGAAUCGAAGAACCUCUUUUGCUUCCAAAAGUUAGACAUACAGUACUUUAGACUAAACUAUUGUUUAGUUUAAUCAUAGAGAAAAUUUUAUUUAACUGGUAGGAGUUCAUAUCUCAACUUGUAAUAAACUAUUUAAAUGCAUGAUAAAAGUAAAUUUUUUAGUAAUUAGUAAAAAAAUCCAUUAUGACUAAUUCAAUGGUAGAAGUGUUGUUUUUAUCCUUAUAGCAAAGUUAUAGUAAACAUUCAUUACAAAAUCUUUUUUAUUAAAAAAAAUUAAUUUCAAAAGUUUACAAGCUGUCUUUAGUGUCAAAAGGAUUCUGUUCUGUAAUUUUAAUAUAGAUAAUGUUGCUGCCAAAGUGUUAAACAUUCUUUGUGAUACAAUGUACAGUUGGGUUUAAUUCAUCAUUUAGUGUGGUUGUAGGUUAAAAGAUAAUAUUAUGGUGUGAUAUUUACUUAUUCAGAUCAAGAAUUUUGUAUAUUUUUAUCAUGUGUUAAGUUUGUAAAUAAUUAUUAAAUAUUUUAAGCUUA